AAGAAUCUACUCAUUCUUCUUACAACUCUCAUCAUGAACGCUAAAUUCCUUCUCUGUGUUUUGGCUCUUGCCAUAUGCUCAAUUGUUCAAGAAACAAGUGCCCAAUACUAUGGAUACUCUUCAUAUUACCCAUCAUAUUAUGGAGGGUAUGGUCUCGGAGCAUACAAUGGAUACUAUGGUGGAGCCUAUGGAUACGGAGGAUAUGGAUAUUAUGGAAAGAGAGAAGCUGGAUUUGGACCAUCUCAGCAAGCCAAUUGAUUCAAUUUCUCUUUUCUUACGACUAAAAUACUUAAUGGUAUUUCAAUAAAUACGUGUGCAUUUU